ACUUAAACUACUUCUAAACAAGGCGAAAGGAGUAAUCUAAAAUGGACUGGUUCCACUGUAAUCAGUGCUUUACAAGGAGUGGGUCGAAGUUUGCCGUGAGCAGCUGCGGCCACAUCUGCUGUGAAGCAUGCAUUACAUCUGGUAAGUAGGGGUGUGAAUUCCAAGUUACAACACGGUAAGAUAUUGUAUCGAUUCUUUGGAAAACUAUAUGACAAUUCGCUGAUAUCACAAAGUAUACCACAACGCGACUUUCACUUGAUUAAAUUCAGUGGCACGCCAUCGAUAUGACAAUAUAUCACAGUACCAUGCAAGAAAAAGGUUACAUCAAUAACAACUCACAAAAAGCUAUCAAAAUAUUACUUGACAAUUAGUGUUUUUUCAUAAAAUGACUUGAUACAUUUUUUAACAAUAUAUGUUAAAAGUUGAUGGUGUAUAUUGAUUUUUUUUACUUUGCUACUAAUAAUACUACUAAUACGCUAAAUCGAUUUGCUUUCACUUUUUAAGCAAAAUUCUUUAACAUCGUGGCUUCAAUUAGACAUUUUCCGGCCCCUUCUAAUGAUGUAUCUUCCCACAGAGCAGUGCAGUGUCUGUGGAGCCACCUGCAGUUAUCUGCCCAUCACAGACCAGGUUGAUGAAGCCUCAAGAAAGGGUGUUUUUCAAAGAUCCUGUGAAGCUCAUCCAGUCCCGGCUGGAGCACAUCUCACAGAUUGCACUUUUUCAGCGGACACAGAUGGAAAGAGUAACGGCACACUUCAAGCAUAAGUCUGUGGAGCUGGAAAGGCAUCUGAAGGAAGUCAGUGAGCAGGCUUACAGGCAACUCUCCGAGCUUAAAAGAGAGAACGCUAACUUUAAAAAGCAGCUUUCAGAACUGAAAAGAGAGACUGCUGAUUUGAAAAAGCCCCUUUCUCAGCGGCGGGUUUCACCAGGACAGUUUCAAAUAGAUGGAAAUCAAAGAAUGUCACUCCCUGUGGCUGUCACCUCCCCAGUUACCCCUCGUCCAAGAACCAUGAGUUACAUGGGCUCAGCGGAGUCUCAGGUGUGGGCUAGAGACAGGGGUCAUAGUCUAUCCUCUCUCACGACUCCUGGAUCAGCUACCUCUAUUCACAGCCACAGUUCACUUCAUGGACAUGCACACAGUAAGUGUUGUGAAGACGCUUUGGCUGUAACAUGCAGUCCUUCUUUAAUCAUUAAUCCUUUCACCUCUGUCUUUGAAAAGGAACUCCCAUAUCCUACAACACUCCUACAAGAACUCAGCGUCAGACUCCUAAUGCCUUCCAGUUCCCGUUUAUGAGUGGAUUAUCAUUACAGUCACCCAGGCACUGAUGAAGCUGGGAUAAUUUUGUCAGUUGAUGUUGACAGUUGACAUCAGCUUUGUUUUCUUAGUUAAAGAAAAACAUGUUUUUGCCCAGUAACAGUUGGAUGUUGAUUUAAUGU